GGACAGAGGCGUGGAGUUUUAGAUGCGGAAUUAACGCAUCCGCGGCGCCCGAACCGGACUGAAUAUGGCGAGCACCGAGAGCAAAAGCGGGUCUUUGGAAAACUUUCACACACCCGAGUCAAACGGAUCGGCCCAGCCGGGUGCGAGGUGGGGUCCACAGCAUGCAGGUGCUAGAGAGCUCGCGGAGUUAUACUCUCCAGGAAAAAGAUGUCAGGAAUGGAUCAGUGUGCUUCUUUGCUUUACCCUCAUGGCCUUCAACUUCUGUUACCUGGUAACAUACUUCCACCUAGGACACAUCUGGUACAUCCUCCUGGCCAUCGUGGCAGGGAUCCUGACAGCAGACUUUGCCUCUGGUUUGGUCCACUGGGGUGCUGACACAUGGGGUUCAGUGGAUCUGCCCAUCGUUGGGAAGGCCUUCAUUCGUCCGUUUCGAGAGCACCACAUCGAUCCGACAGCUAUAACACGCCAUGAUUUCAUUGAGACUAAUGGUGAUAACUGUAUGUUGACUAUCAUCCCUCUGGCUAACAUGGCUGCAAACUUUUUGAUGCUCUCACCAGCGGAGAUCUAUCGGAACUACCCCUGGUACUGUUACGUCUUUGCUUUAGCCAUUUUCGUUACAUUGACCAAUCAGAUUCACAAGUGGUCGCACACAUAUUUCGGGCUCCCACGCUGGGUGACGUUUCUUCAGGAUUGUCAUAUCAUUUUACCACGGAAACACCACAGAGUUCACCAUGUUUCACCUCAUGAAACCUACUUCUGCAUUACCACAGGCUGGUUGAACUAUCCUCUAGAAAAACUGGGAUUCUGGAGAAACCUGGAAGAUCUGAUCCAGAGCCUGACAGGAGAGAAACCCAGAUCAGAUGAUCUCAGAUGGGCCCAGAAAUCCAAGUAAUCUUCCUCUGCCACCAGCCCACCUCCCCUACCUCAGACCUGCUCAUAGGAGAACAAUCUUUCCGUCUAUUUGUCCUCCCUCAGACAGAACAAGAGGAACGGCAAGAUAUCAAACCCUAAAUUAGAAAGCCAUCCAUUGAAAGCAAUAUCCCACUCUAUAAAGAUCCAACAUCUAAAUCCUUGUUGAAAACUAGAGACUUCUGUGAAAUGUUUAAAAACUCUUCAAAGUGCAAAAAACAAGCAAAUUUAAAAUGCAGAUACUUGAACAAUUUGGGCUAUUUCCUGGACACCUUUUCAUCCUUCAACUGCACAACUCUUUGCUGACUACUCAUUUUUGCAUCUGCUCUUGGGUUUGGCCUUUGGGACUGAUCUCUCUUGCUCUCACCCUUCUCUUGUUUGGGGUUAAAGUGCAGUAAAGUCAAGGCAUUUUGGCUCUUUGACCACAGAGGGCUGAAAACACGUGUCUUCAUCUGUUGCUUGUGUCUGAACGGACAGAGCAGCAUCAUAUGCAGUCUUACUUCAGUACGCCUUAAAAGAUGAAUCACGAGAAACUUGCUUUGCUUGGCCUCAUCCUUACACUUCAUUCAUCUUUUCAUUAUUAAUACUUUCUUUUGAAGCACAUUUGCAAAUUCAGAAGUCAGCUGUUGACCAAGUUUAUUAGAAGUUUUUCCACAUAGGUCAAUAUUUAGGUCUUUAGUGUUUCAGUGUGAUUAAGCCAUGAGAUCCACAUUGGUGUCCUCGCUGCUCGACACUGAGAUAACCCAACAGAACCUCAGAAAAGGCCUCAUCCAUUUUUAUUUUGUAUUAACUUCAUCAUAGGGUAGGUUGAUGCGAGCUUAACCAGUCGACUGACACAAACUAACACUCCAUUGCUUGAGUUUUGGAUUUGCAUACAUUGUUACUUAACAGUUUAAUGUACAAUUUAACACUAGCAUGUUAAAUCACACAGCUUGUAGUUCUUAGUUAAUAAUAAUAAUAUGAGAUGUUUAAGGCAGUUACAGCAUGAUGAAAAUAACAGAAUCAUCAGAACAUCUAGCCGUCUAGUGACUUACAACUACUGCUAACUGCUUAUUUAAUGAGCGUUAUACACAUUUUCUUUUAGAAAACUGCAAUCACAAUGGAUUAGAAAAAGAUUAAGAUUUAUUUACUUGACUUUAUAUUUAAACACAGCACUAGUCAUGUUUUUUAAUUAAUAGAAAUAUUAAGAAAUCUUUCAUCAGUAAUAAUAAAAGAAAAAAAGGAGGAAAUGGGAGAAGAAAUGAAUAAUUCAUAUUUUAUAUCAAAAUGUAACAUAAUUGUGAUUAUUUUUGUUGUGCCAUUUUUUUACUUUUAAUUUUCUGAAUCAGUUUAAUUAUGUUUCUAACAAUAACUGUUACACCAAGUUUGCAAAUAUGAUUCUUAAGCCUUCAAAAGUUAAAAACUGUAAAGGUCAACCUAAUGAAUAUAAAGCUUUUAAGUUUUGUGCUUGCGUUAAUAUUCAUGCCAAAACCUUGUUACUGUCAGCAGCAAUGUAGCGGUUGUUGUGUUUCAUGUGGUCAGUAUGGUGAUCGUAUGUGUUGUUUAGAUGGGUCAGCUCGACAGAAGCUCAGAGAAUGUGUUUUAGAGAGCCAAUUCAUUUGUCCCGAGUUGUAAAACUGUUACAAAGGAGUCAGCCAGAACUGUAAAAAAGGAUAUCUGAGCUGAUUCAUAAUGUUAUGUGUUGUUACAUCUAAAUUUCCUCCUUUUCUGAAUUCAGAAAGAAAUGUUUAGUGGAAUAUUGAAGUAUUUUUGACAGUCGACUGAUAUCUUCUAUAUUUCUAUGCUUAUACAAGAUGCCAAACUUAUUUUUGCUCAGCUGAUAGAUCUGCUGUGAUGUGUUUAUUUGAAGAGGACACUCCAGUGGUGAUUUUCACCUUUACAGGGAAAUGGAGCUUAAACCAAUUACUUUUAGUAAAAUGUUACAUUUGUCAUUGGACUCCACUUAAUUUUGUAUUUGUAAGUUUUUAUUAUGACAUUUUGUCCUACAUUCCACAUUGUGGACGAUCAAAUCAUAUUACAUAGCUCUACUUUUCUUUCUUUCUUUCUUUUUUUUUUUUAAUAUACUGAUGGUGAAGGACUCCACCAGCUGUAACAUUUCUAAGCUUAUUUCCUGUUGAUUAAAAUGGUGGAAGAGGUGAGGUGAUCAUGAUGGGGUGAAGCAGUGAAGAUUGUUCUGCAGGGCUAAAUAUUAUAUAAACCCUCAGAAAUGUUGCUUAAGAAAUGUUACUAAUUUGGUGUGCAUUUGUGGUAGCUGAGUGAUUGUAUUAUCAAACAUGCAAGAUUAGAGUGUUAAAAACCAUUCCUCUGAGGCUCCUAGCUUUCCACGCAGUAGUAUGUAGCUACGAGGAGACUGAACUAAUCACAUUGUGCUUGCUCAAAAAUAUUGUAAUUUCUCUUAGAUAACAAAGCAAAGCCAAUCGCUUAUUCACAGGGGUCAUCUGAUCAAUGACCUUUGGCAUUCACACUUGUUACUGAAUGUUUGUUCUAACUGAUUUAUUGGAAGAAGCCUUUAAAACACUAUCUUGGCUGAUUUUGCAAUUCACCUCAAAGUCUCACAUUCAGUAUGUUUUUGUAGGACGGCUUCUUGUUCAAAACUGAAAAUAACGCCUUAAUGCCUUUUUGUUGUUUCCUGUUUUGAAAACUUAUCAUUUAGUUCAUAUUUAUAAUGAAAUUAAUAAAGAAUUGGAAAGAUG